AUGAAAGACAUUGAUUCUAUAUCCACUCUAAAUGAACAAUCAAAAGAUUAACUCUUAGAUUCAUCAAGUGUGGAACCAUCUAUACAGAACAAAAACCACCAGAAUGUGAUCUAAGCUCAUGAAGCUUAAGGGUCAGCGAAGAGAAAAAGCUACAUUAAGAAAAAAAAAAAAUAACGAUAAGGAAGAAAAUCCAGGGAUUUUACAAUUUAAGAGGAUCAGAAGCUUUUGGGGUUCAUAUUAACAUUUGGACCGAAAUUCAAAAUAAUCUAAAGAAAGAUGUCUGGAAGACCAUUAAAUAUUUUGAAGAAUAGAUACUAUAGAGAUCUACGAUAUAGAUGGGAUGAGGUGUUAGGAGAGUAAUAUUAUUCAACUAUAUAUUUCUUAGAGAAUUUGCUCACUUGAAUGAAAUGAAAAUAAAUCUAAUCCCAGAUGAAAUUUUGAAAAACCCACCUUUUGAUCCAGAUCUAUCAAAAAUUAUGAUGGACAUGAUGAAUUAAAUGUAAAAUAUAAUCACAAAAUGUUUGAAUUGA